AUGCGGUUGAACUACGCCGGCGCAAUCCUGCUCUCCAGCCUGAGCCAGACGCUGGCUCUCCCUGCCUCCUCCUCCUCCUCCUCCACUUCUCUGAUCGUGGAAAAUGCCCCUGAAUACGUCCGCCCCUAUGUGAUCCGGCACUACUCGCACGCGCGGGCCGUGACGGUGGGCACCCAGCUGUACCGGUUCUACGUCACCGGCCCGUCCUCGGGGUACGCGUUCACGCUGAUGGGCACCAACGCGCCGCACAGCGACUCGCUGGGAGUACUCCCGCACAUCCACCAGAGCCACUACGAGAACUUCUUCUGCAGCAAGGGUAGCUUCCAGCUGUGGGCGCAGAGCGAGAAUGCGACGCAGCAGACGCGGGUCUUGUCCGCAGGCGACUACGGCAGCGUGCCGCGCAACGUCACGCACACCUUCCAGAUCCAAGACCCGGACACCGAGAUGGUGGGGGUGAUUGUGCCUGGUGGAUUUGAGGACCUAUUCUACUACCUUGGCACCAACAUCACCGACACAACCCACACUCCGUAUGUGCCCUCCUCGGACAGCAGCAGCAGCAACAGUUCUGCCACCGGCCCCGACGCAACCACCAUCUCCUCCCUCGAAUCCUACGACGUCUACGCCAAACUAUCCUUCACCCCGCGCACUGACACUGUGAAUGGCACCGCCCCGCGCAACACCGUCUGGCACAACGGCGCCAACGCCCUCGCCACCACCGUCGGCGACCCUUACUUCAUUGCGAAUGGCUGGGGACCCAAGUACCUGAACUCGCAGUACGGGUACCAGAUCGUCGCCCCGUUGGUCACCCCAACGCAGGCCCAGGACGUCAACUACACCCUCUCCACCAUCUCGUUGAGCACGACUCCGGCGGGGGUGACGGUGCCCACGUGGACAUUUCCGGGAGCCUGCGCGUUCCAGGUGCAGGAGGGCAGUGUGGUGGUGCAGAUCGGGGAGUAUGCUGCGACGACGGUGACGAGUGGGGAUGUGGUGUUUGUCCCCGGGGGGGUGGCGUUCCAGUAUUAUAGUACGGGGUAUUUUAGUAAAGUGUUGUGGGUGAGUUCUGGCGAGGAAGGGUUGGAUCAGGUGUUGAUUAAGGGGGGGGAGAGUUGGGAGGGGGUGACUUUUCCGGAUAGUUGGUAG